UUCCCGCAGGAUCACUUUCUGAUCGUCUCUCCCACAUUCACUGCAAAUCUUGGAAUAUAUUAUUUCCCCAGCAACCAUGAUAAAGGACAAAGAAGCCUUUCAGAGACUCAAUUUCCUCUAUCAGGCAGCACAUUGUGUCCUUGCAAGCAACCCAGAGAACCAGGAAUUGGCUCGCUUCUAUUGCCACACCCAGAACAGCAUCAGCCGGAGGCUCGUCUUAAGACAAGACCCUUCUGUGAAAAGAACCAUCUGUAAAUCUUGCUUCUCCCUCCUUGUCCCUGGAGUCAGCGCAACUGUACGCCAAAGAAAGCGCCGAAAUCAGCGGUGGACUGCCGUGCAGUGUCUCAAGUGUGGUCUAACUAAGCGUUUCCUCAGCAAUCCUAACUACAAACUGUGGUCAGAACAGCCUGAGGCAUUACUAGAGAAUCAGGCAUCAGCCAAUGCAGGAGGAAAAGGCCAGAUAAGUGGCUCAGUCCAACAGCCCCACAAAGGUACUCAAGCAAAAAAGGCAACAGCUUCAAGUUCUGAACCUCACAGUCAUCUUACCUCCAAGGAGACCACAGCAGGCGUCAAAUCUAAAGGGAAGGACGAUCCUUGUGAAAAGUGAAAUGAAACUUCUCAUUCGGAUUGGCAGUUGCAGUAAUUAUGUUUGGUAGUUGAAUGGAGGUGUGAUGGAGACGCAAGCAUUGUAAAAAGUGAUUUGCCAUGGAGAUAAAUUCACAAUUUAUUUUUGCAAGCUAAAGCACAACAUAUUACUGCCUGGACAUGGAUGGUUCAAACAAGAGGAGCUCCUGAGUAAAGAAUCUCUUUUCUGGGGAAACCAGUUGGGGAGGGAAAGAAAGUACGUCUUUUGGGGCAAACCAACAGUUGUCAUUAGUACUGUUUUUCCCACCAUCUCCAUGGCUAGAAAUUCCUUUUGCCUCUACACCUCCUUUGUGUCUGUAAUCCUGCCUUUCAUCUUACUUACUGACUUA